CUCUCGAGUCAGUUGAGCGGACGCAUCCGAAGCGCUCGUUUCGUUGCAGUUUCGCUGCUGUGUGAGGCUCAGCCAUGAAUCUGCGCUGGCUGUGGAUGCUGUUCGCUGUUGCCCUUUGGCCAGGAUGGGCAGCUGCGCUAUCGACGCCUUGUCAGCUAAAGGAGACGCAGUACGGCAACGUAUGCGUCUGUAAUAGCAGCUACUGCGAUUAUCUGGAGCAGCCGGAACUACGUGAUGAUAAUCAGAUUGUGGUGAUUAGCUCGAGCAAGAAUGGACUACGUUUCACUCGAUCAGAGGGCAGCUUUUUAGACAAAAACAUCUUGGAAGUGAAAGAUCUUCAAUGGAUUGACAAUAACUUCGUUGCCGAUGCGGUUGUCGUUGAGCAAAAUAAAGUUUGGCUGCAAUUCGCAAACGUUCCUCAACGAUUUGCCAUCAAUGUGACCAUAAAGACGGUGCAGUUAACAGUUCACCGCGAAAAGCGUUAUCAGAAGAUAACAAACUUCGGAGGCGCAUUCACGGGCAGCGUCUCUCACAUCUUACAGCAGCUACCAAAAGCCCUGCAGGAUCAUGUCUAUAAAUCCUAUUUCCACGACGAUGGUAUUGCAUACAACUCGAUACGUAUGUCGAUCGGUGGCUCCGACUUUGAUCUACAGCCCUGGGCCUACAACCAACUGCCCCGCAAUGAUCCCUCACUCAGCAACUUUACCUCACUGGACCCGCGUGAUCUUCAGAAGAUUGAGCAGUUGAAACGUCUAAAAGCGGUUGCCAAAUUAAGUAAUCUGAAAAUUAUGGCCGCCGCUUGGAGUGCGCCCCCUUGGAUGAAGAGCAACAACAGAUGGACGGGGUACGGUCAGCUGAAAGCGGAAUACUAUCAAGCCUGGGCGGACUACCAUUUGAAAUUCCUCGAGCUGAUGCAGUCUAAAAAUAUGACCGUCUGGGCCAUAUCCACCGGCAAUGAGCCGUUAAACGGUGUCAUCGGCUUCUUCUUCGUGCACUUCAUGAGCAUGGGCUGGACGCCCUGGCAGCAGGCAAUUUGGCUCAACGAUUAUCUGGGACCGACCAUUAGGAAGUCCAAGCAAAGCCAAGUGCUCAUUUUCGGCAACGACGAUCAGCGCUAUACGUAUCCCUCCUGGUUUCGCAAGAUGCGCACCUCUCGCAGCAAUGCACUCGAUUAUCUCGAUGGCCUGGCCGUGCAUUGGUAUUGGGAUGAGAUCUUUGGGCCGCAGCUUAUAGAUCAGGCGCAUGCGGAAAUGCCAGAUAAAUUGCUGUUGAACACGGAAUCUUGCAUCGGCGACAAGCCCUGGCAAACGCACGGCCCGGAGCUGGGCAGCUGGGGGCGUGGCGAGAGCUAUAUGCGUGCCUACAUACAGGACUUGCUUCAUCAUUUUAACGGCUGGCUGGACUGGAAUCUGGUGCUCGAUGAGCGGGGCGGCCCGAACUAUGUGCACAAUUAUGUGGAUGCUCCGGUGAUUGUGAACACAACGAGUCGCACGGAAUUCUACAAACAGCCCAUAUACUAUGCAAUCGGGCACUUCAGCAAGUUUCUGCCAGAGGAAUCCGUGCGGAUCGAGGCGAGCACCAAUGAGACCGAGUCCUUUCCGCAGCUGAGCGUGGUAGGCUUCCAGAGGCCGGAUGGCAGCGUGGCGCUGAUCGUGUACAAUGGCGAAAACCUGCCCGUUAAUGUGGCGCUCAAUGACAGUCAGCGAGGUGCAUUCAGCUUGCGCCUGCCCGCCCGCUCCUGGCACACCGUCGUCUACAAAUGAGUUGGCCGGACUCUCAUGGACUCAUGGGAUCUUUGAAUGAGUUAAGCGUAGCGUAUACUGAUCUAUAAUCUAUAUAUAAACGAGGGUCCAGCUGGUGUUGCGUCACCACUCCAAGGACCAAUUAGGAUAGAAAACAUGUCUGCCACUCAAACACUCAGCCACUCAAGUGAUAAACUCAAGGAAGUCCAUAAAUCGCCCCCGUUACAGGAURCGGAUGCGGAUGCGAGCGCUGGCACAGACUCUGGAGAAUUGUCCAAGCGCAACGACCAAGACAACGGAAAUUUGUUUAAGCUGCUCAAUUUGCCGUGUCACGUCUGUUUACAAUGAAAUUUCAUUUGCCGUU